AUGUCUGAAGACAAGCAGUACAUCUCCUACAACAACGUGCACCAGCUGUGCCAGAUCUCUGCGGAACGGAUCAAGAACUUCAAGCCGGAUUUGAUCAUCGCCAUUGGUGGUGGUGGCUUCAUACCGGCUAGAAUCUUGAGAACUUUCUUGAAGGAGCCAGGUGUGCCCACCAUCAGGAUCUUCGCCAUCAUUCUAUCCCUGUACGAGGAUUUGCACACCGAGGGCGACGAUCAAGAGGAGGUCGGUGUCAAGAUCCAAAGAACCCAAUGGAUCGACUACAAGCAGUGUGAGUUGGAUCUUGUCGGUAAGAACGUGUUGAUCGUUGACGAGGUCGACGAUACACGUACCACUUUGCACUACGCACUACACGAAUUGGAGAAGGAUGCUGAAGAGCAGGCCGCAGCCAAGGGGGUCGACCUCGAGAAACAGCCGGAGAUGAGAACCAAGUUCUCGAUAUUCGUUCUGCACGACAAGUUGAAGCCAAAGAAGGCUGACUUGCCUGCAGAGAUUGUAAACGACGAAAACAGAUACUUCGCCGCUAAACAGGUCCCUGACAAAUGGUACGCUUACCCAUGGGAAUCCAAGGAUAUCGUCUACCACACAAAGAUGGCCAUAGAACAGGGCAACGAUAUAUUCAUGCCUUGA